CUGGCUCCUCGUGACGUCACUUCUGGCGCCCGAAGGUCCCUUCGCUUGGUUCUGGGCUGUUCGUGGUGGUGCCGGUUCCGACUCGUUCUGCCCUCCGGGAUCCCGAGUCGGGGCGCGCCAUGCCCGCGGUGCUGGGGUUCGAAGGCAGCGCCAACAAGAUCGGCGUGGGCGUGGUGCGCGACGGCACGGUGCUGGCGAACCCGCGGCGCACUUACGUCACGGCCCCGGGCACCGGGUUCCUUCCAGGUGACACGGCCAGGCACCAUCGUGCUGUUAUCCUGGACCUCCUGCAGGAGGCCAUGACAGAAGCUGGGCUCACCUCCCAGGACAUUGACUGCAUCGCUUACACCAAAGGUCCUGGUAUGGGAGCCCCACUGGCUUCUGUGGCUGUCGUUGCCCGUACUGUGGCCCAGUUGUGGAAUAAGCCUUUGCUAGGUGUGAACCACUGCAUAGGCCACAUUGAAAUGGGCCGUCUCGUCACUGGAGCCAUUAGUCCAACUGUUUUGUAUGUCAGCGGAGGAAAUACUCAGGUGAUUUCCUACUCGGAACAUCGUUACCGCAUCUUUGGGGAAACAAUUGACAUUGCUGUGGGGAACUGUCUGGACCGUUUCGCUCGAGUGCUGAAGAUUUCCAAUGACCCAAGUCCGGGCUACAACAUUGAGCAGAUGGCAAAGCGAGGCAAGAAGCUAGUUGAGCUGCCCUACACUGUAAAGGGGAUGGAUGUCUCAUUCUCAGGGAUUCUGUCCUUCAUCGAGGAUGCAGCGCAGAGAAUGCUGGCCACGGGGGAGUGUACUCCUGAGGACCUGUGUUUCUCCUUACAGGAAACUGUGUUUGCAAUGCUAGUGGAGAUCACAGAGCGAGCCAUGGCACACUGUGGCUCCAAGGAAGCCCUCAUCGUAGGAGGAGUUGGAUGUAACACGAGGCUGCAGGAGAUGAUGGCGGCAAUGUGCCAGGAGCGGGGGGCCCAGCUCUUUGCAACAGAUGAGAGAUUCUGCAUUGACAAUGGAGCCAUGAUAGCCCAAGCAGGUUGGGAGAUGUUUCAGGCUGGACACAGGACCCCUCUCAAAGAGUCUGGAAUUACACAGAGGUACAGGACAGAUGAAGUAGAGGUGACAUGGAGGGACUGAGAACGUCAGCAGGAACAGAACAGUUCUCCACGUGGAGUGCUGGCAUGGGCGUGAGUCUGGGUGACCUGCAGACUCCCCUCUUCUUUGGAAAGUGUAUAGACCCCAUACAAGGAAUAGGGUCCCUGGGGAACCCCAGGAUGACUCCGCAAUAAAAAAAAAAAUAUUUUUGUA